AUGUCAAGCCUCACUCCCCAGUUUUCGUUUCUGACCCUGAGCGUCCAAAUUCGGGAAGAGGCAGCACAGAACGCCGAGAACUGGGCUCUUUGCGCCAUGGCUAUUUACCUACAGAAGACCUUCCACCUUGACAGUUCCCCCGUUCCCGCAGCCUCGUCGGCCAACAUCCAAGGUUCCAGACUACACGAGGGGCGCUUGGCCGCUCCACCAGCUGCAUGGAACCGGCCGGUGCCCUUUAACAGUUCUACAUUCAACCCCGACAUCAACGGCGUGAUCAUGUUGCAGAAGGUGGGGUCACUGACGUCGGGCCCUGGAAAGACGUCUGCCAACUGCGCGAAAAGCAGCACCAACGCUAGCUGGGUCUGCAGCGACUGCACCCCCUCAAACCACGUCUGUGUAGGCGGCUCGUACCCGUAG